AUGCCAAAACUCACCGCCAAACAGUCAAAAAAGCAAGCUGCGUCUGCUACCGAUGCACGAUCACUCGGUCCAAUCUUCAACAAGGAUCUCGGUCAGCACAUUUUGAAGAAUCCAUUGGUUGCCCAGGGCAUUGUUGACAAGGCCAACUUGGUGUCCUCGGAUACAGUAUUGGAAAUUGGUCCUGGUACUGGUAACUUGACAGUGAAGAUCUUGGCCCAAGCCAAAAAGGUGGUUGCUGUGGAAAUGGAUCCUCGUCUUGCAGCUGAAUUGCAAAAGCGUGUGCAAGCAAGUGGUGAUCAACGACGACUCCAUAUCAUGAUUGGCGAUUUUAUGAAGACCGAGUUGCCCUACUUUGAUGUCUGCAUCAGUAACACACCUUAUCAAAUUUCAUCCCCAUUGGUAUUCAAAUUGUUGGAGCACCGACCUCUUUUCAGAUGUGCUAUUCUCAUGUUUCAACGUGAAUUCGCUUUACGCCUUGUGGCACGACCUGGCGAUGAGCUUUAUUGUCGUUUGUCUGUCAAUGUCCAACUUUAUGCCAAGGUCGAUCACGUCAUGAAAGUUGGCAAGAACAAUUUCCGCCCUCCACCCCAAGUUGAAUCAUCCGUCGUUCGUCUCGAGCCAAAGAACCCACCACCACCCGUUGAUCCAAAAGAAUUUGAUGGUCUUUUACGUAUUCUCUUUGUACGAAAACACAAGACAUUGGCCGCCAAUUUCAAGCAAACAACCGUUCUCAGUAUGCUCGAACAAAACUACAAGACUUAUUGCUCAGCACAUGAAAUGAUGAUCGAGAGUGAUUUUGAUAUCAAGAGCAAAGUAUUGGGUAUUUUGGAAUCAGUAGGCAUGAAUGAUACCCGUGCUGCCAAAUGUGACUUGGACGAUUUCCUAAAACUACUUCUCGCAUUCAAUCAACACAACAUCCACUUUUCAUAG